AUGGGUCGUUUGGACAGAGAGAGACGGGAUCCCGGGAAAACCAGCUCAGGUAUUGCGCACGCCUACAUACAGCCUCUCCCGUUCUACACGGAGAGCUCAAAGGAUGCUUUACUGCCUCCUCUCCUGCGUCGUCAGACUCUCGUGCCUGUGUCUACCCAUUUUUCUCUCCCCUCACACACUGAUUAUGGCAGGAAACCACUGCUUAGGGAUUCCAGUGCAGUGAAGAUGCCAUCACAGCCAAUCAGUGAGACGAUGGAUUGCUACAGGGGCCAAUCUGCUCCACCACGCCCCCUAGUGGUGCAUUACAGUCCCCUGCAGGCACUGUCUGGGCAGCUGGAUGCCAAUCAGGCCCCGGUGCCCAGGACUCGCGUCCUCAGCACGACUCACACAGACUUCAGGCCUUACAGCAGGUCCGAGUUGGCUCGUCCUCCUGAUUUGGGUGCUAACCUGACCAAGAGUUCUGCUUACAGCCGACUGCCUGCUCACAAAGCCCCGCCCACCGUGUCAUGUCACCCCAGGCUGGCGUUGCAACCCAUGCCAUUACCUUACGGGGGUAAAAACAGUGUGUAUAAGGACACUUUCACCAUCCCUGGCAGGCACCCUGAAAUUUCCUCCCCGGCCACCACCUCAGACAGGCCAAAACACACUAACGUGGGUGACAGGGGUCUGCUACAAGACAUAAUGGAGGUUCCUAAAAUGUACAACACAGAAAAUCAGAGGUAUGGGAGUACUGAACUAGUUCUGGUGUGA